AUGGAGCAGUCUGAAGAAGGCAUCCGAGGCCUGUGGAGCGGGUUGACGCCGGUGCUGUGCAAACAGGGUACCAACAGCGCAGUGCGCUUCACGACGUUUGCGAUGCUCCAGGAGCGCGUGGCGGCGCGGUGGCCUCAACUGGAAGGCGGCGUCGGGAGUACGCUUGUCCUGGGCGGGAUUAGUGGUGUCUUUACGGUGUACGCGUCGAUGCCGUUUGAUAAUAUCAAGACGAGGAUGCAGAGCGUGCAGAGUGUUGAUGCGCGGUAUACUGGUAUGAUGGACUGCGCUGCGCGGAUUUGGAGGAGUGAUGGGGUGACUGCUUUUUGGAGGGGCACGUCGCCGAGGUUGGUGAGAUUGACUCUCUCGAGCGGCAUCACGUUCACGGUGUAUGAUCAAGUUGUGCGUCUGAUGAAGUCGUCGCAGACAAGUCAGAAAGCAAACGGCUUGCAACGCCUAUAAGGAAAGCCAAAACGUCGCGGAACCGGGGUGACGGAAUCUCUCUUUCUUUCUUUCUUUUCUUUUUUCGGUAAUUUUGGUAAGUGACACUUUGAUGCAUAAUUGAAUGCGUUUUUGCUUGCUUUGCUAUUCAUCUAUCGCGCCAACUCUGACGCUCAACGGUUCUAUAGAAGACAUGGUCUGGAAGACCUGCGGAUCAAUGGCAAAGGCCUCGGGGCCGAGGGUGUCGACAAAGGGGAAGUUGUAAAUCUGCUCGGGGGAGCUGGUGGC